UUUAAACCAACUACCAUCAUCAUUCUUUAUCAAUUUCAUUUUUACUUCUCUGUUUGCUUAUCCCUGCGAUGUUGAAACUAAUUGCCGCCCCUGUAUCUGACGACUGGUCACGGUGGUGGGGAUUUGGCUAUGGCGAUGAACUAGUCGCUAGCACCAUUCUCAUCAUCGCCGCUAUGUUUUCUAUAUUCUGGCUUGUAUGGAUCUUUAUAUCAAAGGACACCCACCCGCCACUGCCGCCCGGCCCACGAUCUCUGCCACUCGUCGGAAACCUCCUGUCUCUUGAUCCUGAGCUCCACUCCUACUUCGCCAUCCUCGCAAAAACAUAUGGACCCAUUUCCAGGAUCUGGCUCGGUAAAAGAGUGGGAAUCGUGAUCACCUCCCCGGCCCUAGCCCGUGAAGUGCUUAAACUCAACGACACCACCUUCUCCAACCGUGACGUUCCUGUUGCCGGCAUGGAGUUGACGUAUGGUGGAAACGACAUCGUCUGGUCCCCUUAUGGUGAUCAGUGGCGGAUGUUGAGAAAGAUUUGUGUUCAUGAAAUGCUUAGCAACAAAACUUUGGAUUCCGUUUACUCUCUCCGGCGGAAAGAGAUCCGGAACACAGUUAACUACUUGUACCGCCGUGUCGGGUCUCCGGUGAACUUAGGCGAACAGAUGUUUUUGACUGUGUUGAAUGUGAUUACCGGGAUGAUGUGGGGUGGCACGGUGAAGGAGGAGGAUAGGGCGAGCCUAGGAGCGGAGUUCCGGCAAGUGGUCACCGAGAUGACCGGAUACUUGGGGAUGCCGAACUUGUCUGACUUUUAUCCGGGUUUGGCCAGGUUUGAUCUUCAAGGAGUUAAAAAAAACAUGAAAUUGUUGGCGAAGAAAUUCGAUGUAAUCUUUGAGACGAUGAUUGAUCAACGGAGGAAGAUGGGUGGCGAUGAAAACUCGGAUUUUUUACAGUUUUUGUUGCAGCUUAAAGACGACACAGAUUCCAAAACACCAUUCACAAUGGCACAUCUCAAAGCUUUGCUCAUGGAUAUGGUGGUUGGAGGGACAGAAACGACUUCAAAUACUGUCGAGUUUGCACUGGCUGAGAUGAUGAACAAACCGGAAAUCCUGAAAAAGGCACAACAAGAAUUAGAAACGGUGGUCGGAAAAGACAACAUAGUGGAAGAAUCCCACAUCAACAAACUGCCAUACUUAUACGCCAUCAUGAAAGAAGUUCUUCGUUUGCAUCCAACACUUCCACUGUUGAUCCCACGUUGCCCUAGCGAGUCAUGUGUGAUUGGUGGCUACAUGGUUCCUAAAGGUGCGCGAAUGUUCAUCAAUGCAUGGGCAAUACAUAGAGACCCUACGAUUUGGGAAAACCCAUUGGAGUUUCGACCUGAAAGGUUUUUGGAUAGCAAGUGGGAUUACAAUGGCAAUGACUUCAAUUAUCUUCCAUUUGGUUCUGGAAGGAGGAUAUGUGCAGGGCUAGCAAUGGCGGAGAGAAUGUUUAUGUUUUUGCUUGCAUCGCUUGUUCAUUCAUUUGAUUGGGAAUUGGGUCCCGGAGAGAAACAUGAUCUUUCUGAAAAGUUUGGGAUUGUGUUGAAGAAGAAAGUUGCUCUCAUUGCAAUUCCAACACCAAGAUUGUCAACCCCCACAAUGUACGAGUGAAGAAAGCUUCAAAUGGGGUUAUACUUGUAAGUGAUAUAUGAUUUUCAGUCUAAACCAUUGCAAGUAGUUUAUACAAUAUGUCUAGAUGAAUAUAGUUUUUUUUUUACUCAAUAAAGAUGUUAAAGAUUUCAGUGAUUA